AUCACAAUUGCCUUGGAAUGGCCCGCGGACCAGGAUAUCCGCCCUCUAGCACCGAUGCAGUUACCAUUUCACUCGAUAUGGAUAACAGGCGCCGCCACGAGGUUCGCCCGUCGCUGUCGCCAGUCGCAUACAUUCCCCCAACCGUUGUGCCUCUGUCUUGGGAUAGAUACUCCUGCUGUGCUGUGCUACGCUUCAAGAAGGACAUGCUGAGUCCUCCACGAACAUACUAGAACCAUGGGCUACUCGUGGCCAGAAGCAGCCCGCGAGCGCGAUCUCCACAGAUACUACCGCCCUUGGAUCGAUGCACAGAGCCUGGUUGACGCUGCCGACGGUUCUGGUAAAGGCUUGACUUACUCUGGCUUCCAACCUCAGACGUCAAGGGAUCGCUCCCUGACUGCCUUCGCGCAGCUUGCCACGCUGCGGCUCGACACCCGCAGGGCAAUGGUCUCGCUGAUCGACUCGCACCACCAGUACAUUCUUGCAGAGGCCACGCGCACCCUCUCGCUGUUCAAGCCUGUCGCCGAAGAGCCCGAAGAUGAGGUGUGGCUAGGCAAUGCCAUCUUGACCAAAACGGAUGCUGUCUGCUACCACACCUUUUCAUCGACCUACACCGCGAAGGAGGACGAUGGGAGCACCUACACUGGCGAAUGCAUGGUCAUACCUGAUUGCAGACUAGAUGCAAGAUUCGCCGAUAGGGACUAUGUCAAGGGUGAGCCUGGUGUGAGGUUCUACGCAGGGGUCCCCAUCAUUACCAAAGCAGGCCACCGCAUCGGCGUCUAUGCUGUGUCUGAUGAGAAGCCUCGCGAUGGAAUCAGUGCUGGCGAAUUGCGCUUCAUGCAAGAUGUCUCCGCCGCCGUCAUGGAGCACCUCGAGCUGGCCAAAGACAGCAUGGACCGCAACAAGGGUGAGCGCAUGGUACGCGGCUUGACUCAGUUCAUCGAGCGCUCCUCUUUACAGGACAGCCGAGAAGAUGGCAACCGGCCCACCACUAUGGAGAAGCAGACCGAGAACGCGCGCUUACUAGCCUUUGACGAAGAAGAAGGCCACAACACGUCUUUACCUGCCAGACAAGCUCACCGCAAGCGUGACGCCGAAUCCGACGCAGCUCGUAUAUUCCACAGCGCCGCUCGCAUAAUUCGCGAGAGUACUGAGGCCGAUGGUGUCGUCUUCUUCGACACUUCGACCGCCGGGAUAAGAACCCAUCUCUACGACUACAAUCGCACAGCCGGUAGUAGCGACGAGAGUGCGACACACAACACUGAUACCGGCGAUUCGACGGCUUCACGAAGGCACAAGAAACAGACAGUCGUCGCCGCGGAUGGCGUAUCCGAUGCAAAUGGGACUGAUAGCAAGGCCUGUCCUGUGGUCGGACUAUCUUUACGUGAAGGCAAUGCGGCCCUAGUGCACACAGACUUCAGCUUCAAUGAAGCUGCCAUGGAGCGCUAUAUCCAUCGAUAUCCGUAUGGGAAGUUCUUCAACUACAACGAGGAUGGCAUGGGCAUCAACUCUUCUGAUGAGAAGUCUGAACGUUCCGAGACAGAACAGUCCGAUCGUACAGUCGACGAACCCGCCGCUAACUUCAAGAAGACGCGCAAAAAGCGAGAAAGAUUCAUCCCAACCGAGUUCCUCAAGGUUCUGCCAAAGGUGAGAAGCCUUAUCUUCCUGCCACUCUGGUGUCCGGCCACGGAACGAUGGAUUGCCGGUGGCUUUAUCUGGACAACCCAAGCCGGAAGGUUGAUGAGCCCGGACAACGAACUCCCAUAUCUCCAAGCAUUCGGGAACUCAGUGACCAGCGAGGUAGCACGACUCAAUGCGCAGAAAGCGGAUCGUGCCAAAACCACAUUCAUUGCGUCUAUAUCACACGAGCUGCGUUCGCCGCUGCAUGGUAUCCUUGGCUCUGUUGAGUUCUUACGCGAGACGGUGGCAUCGGCAUACCAAGAGUCUUUGGUGUCUUCCAUCGAAACGUGCGGCAAGACACUGCUCGAUACGAUAGAUCACGUGCUUGAUUACGCAAAAAUCAAUAAAUUACAGAAAGUCUCUGGUCAAAAUAAGCGAAGCCUGGGUCGAAACAAGCGACAGCCGGCUGACAAUUCGAUACUUGGUGUUACCUCGGACUUCGAUCUAGCACAGCUAGUUGAGGAGGUCUGUGACACUGUGUGUGCUGGUCACACCUUCAGGAAGACACAUCAUAUCAAAGGGUCCGCUAUCUACGACCAAGCUGAGAGCAAGGCGCCGACAGGGUCCACCCAAGACACAAAUGGUAACAAUGAAGUGGAGGGUAGAGAUACUCAUGGCUCCGUCGCUGUGUCUUUGAUCGUAGCCCCGUACGUCAGUUGGAUCGUGAGGUCGCAGCCCGGCGCUCUGCGACGCAUUGUCAUGAACCUACUUGGUAACGCGCUGAAGUACACCGACUCUGGAUAUAUCGCUAUCAAGAUGUUGCAGCAAAAAAGCUCCGCCAACUUCAUGGACCUAUCUCUUAGUGUGGAAGACUCCGGCCGAGGAAUGUCGCAGGAAUACCAGCGCACAAAAUUGUUUUCACCAUUCAGUCAAGAGGACCCUUUCAGCUCCGGUACCGGAUUAGGUCUUUCGAUCGUCAAGCAAAUCAUAGAGUCUCUGAAAGGCGAGAUCGAGGUGAGGAGUACUCACAACGUUGGUACUGUCAUCAAAAUCAGCAUACGUCUACCCAUUGGUUCCAAGGCGAACGCUCACCAAGAUCAUGCGCUUGUCAGAGCACCCCAAGAGCUGAAGGGCACAUCUGUCUCUAUCGUUUGCGAUAUGACUGACACGCAAGGUGGCGAGCGGGGGCUCAAAACCAAGGAGUCUAUGGAAAACGCUUGCAAGAACUUUGACAUGAACAUCGUCGCCUCGAAGCGCGCCAGCACUAACAUCUCGGUCACUGACAUCGACUUUCUGCUUAUCGACUCUCCUUCUCUCUACCAAUUGAUGCAGAGCUCUAAUGCCAGUCGCAAUAACACAUCACCGCUAGGAGUAGUUUGCGUUUGUACAGAUACUGCGGAGAAAGUAGCAGCAGAGACUCAACUUGCGAGACAAAUCGAAGCGCUUGGCUGGAUCAUUGAAAUAGUCACACAGCCCUGCGGACCUCGUAAGCUCGCCCGCACACUUCUAUCUUGCCAGAAACGUGCCUCACAACACAACAACGAGCGACCCAUUAGUCGAUCGAUGAGCUCCUCGCUAGUGCAGCCCGACAUUCAAUCUCUUGCACCGCCUCGUGCCUCGGCUCAGCGAAGUCUCAGUGACCCUUCCCCACCGCCACCGCGCCCCUUCCCAAUCACCACCACGCCUCUGAGCCCCACCAACAGCGAAGGCGGUGAAUACUUCAAUCCACGUGUCCUCCUUGUAGACGACAAUGCCAUCAAUUUGAAGCUCCUCGUCGUGUUCGCCAAACGGCAGAACCUACGCUACGUGGAAGCUACCAACGGUCUCGAAGCGUUCGAAGCGUACAAAUCAGAAGCCAUGUCUUCUUCACCGCCAGCCCGCCCUUUCGACUUCAUACUCAUGGAUCUGAGCAUGCCCGUCAUGGACGGUCUGACAAGUACACGUAAUAUCCGCCAAUUCGAGAGCAAAACCGGCUUGCCGAAAUCGCAUAUCGUCGCAUUGACUGGACUUGCGAGUGCACAGGAUCAACAGGAUGCGCAAGAGGCAGGUGUGGACAUGUAUCUUGUCAAGCCUGUCAAGUUUGCGGAUAUCAAGAGGGUCUUUGGUGGGAAGUGAACGUAGUUUUCGCAUGUUCUUGAUGGCGUUACUCGCGGUUUGAUAGCUUGUCUCACGAUGUUGGCAUUAUUGAUUAGGCAUUGCGAGGAGAUUCCGGAUGGACUUUUGCAUAGUGGUAUGGAAGAGCUAGGUUGACAUAUGUCCCUGGUCAGUGUUGAAUCUACGAUGUUAUGGAAGACAAGCUUCCUCGUAUCUUGUAUCUUGACAUGGUCUGUGAAAGCUGCUGAUAGGACUGACGGCAGCCACUGCGCCAGAACUUUCUGAAACAGCGGGACAUGCGUCAUUCUAGCUCUUCAACUCACCACUCCAAACCACAUCCA